AUGGCUUCUGUUGCAAUCGCUGGCACCCACGGCUUCCUCUUCGAGCCGAUCUCGACCGCCUUUGUCGGCCCUCUCUUCAAGAGCAAGUACUCGCUCCCCAUCAAGGCUCUCUCGCGCGAUCCCUCGAAGGAGACGCCUGUCGAGGGCAUCGAGUUCGUCAAGGUCGACUACGAGGACCCGUCGUCUGUCGAGGGCGCGCUCAAGGGCGUCGAUGUCGUUAUCAACUUGAUUGGCACGAACGGUAUCCCGCAGUGGAAGGUGUUGGCCGAUGCUGCGGCCAAGGCGGGCGUGUCCAAGUACUUUACCUCGGAUUUCGGCUGCGACUAUCGCAAGUUGCUUGCGGAUAAGGUUGAUACCUUCCUGAAGGUGAAGAACGAGCACGCCGAGUACGCCCGAUCGCUCGGGAUCCCCAAGGUUGUGCAGGUCUACAACGGACUGUUCCAAAAGUUUGUCUUCUUUGGCUUCUUUGGCCAUGACUUUGCCAACGGCAAGGCCAAGUUCUACGGCGACGGCACGCAGAAGGUCACGCUCACGGAUCUGUUUGACAUCGGCAAGGCCGUUGCCUCGGUCGCCUACCGCCCGGCGUCUGAGCUGCCGGACCAGCUGCUUUUGCAGGGCACCAGCAUCACCCUGAACGACUCGGUUGCGCUGUACGAGAAGGCGACGGGCAAGAAGCUUGAGAUUGAGUCUUCGGGCGCGCCGGCGUCGCUGGCUGAGAUUGGCACGCUUGAUCCGCUUGCGCAGUUGGGCACUUUGUCGGCGUAUCCUGACACCGGAUCGUUCAACCUCCAGUCGAACGACAACGAGUUUGUGAACCCUGGGUUGUGGGAGUGGACUACUCUCGAGGCUGCUUUCAAGGCGUCUGUGAACUAA